UCUCCCGCCUACCAACUAGGUGAGGUACUUGAAUUGGCUCACCCAGUUCCCAGUGCUCGUCAACCCCUGAUAGCAAUCCUCAAAACAAUGUUCUUGACUGCGGCGGCUUGCCGUGGCUUCCCAAUUCUAGCGACCCUGACUGCACUGGCCGCUCCUAGUGACUACCAACCAUUCCUGCAAUACAUUUCCCUCUCCCUUUCUGGGGCCCCGAACUCAGUCCCACGCCAUGGUGGCACAGCAGAGCGCCUACUAUGCCCUGGUAGUUGACGGCGGUCGGCCUUCACAUCCUCUCGAUCAGAUUCAGAAGGUCGUGACUGCACCGGGCGAGCAUCGUGAUAUCGUGAGUUACUGGCAGAACCGUCCGGACGAGUGGCAGCUUUUCACCAAGCAACUGUCGCCCUGGCAGGAUUUCCGGCGUCUCCAGGCAAAUAUGAGGAAGACCGGCAGGAAGUUUCUUGUUUAUAAGGUAGCGUUCGGGGUCUACCUCAGGCAACUGAGCGCGCUUACCUCGACAUCCACAAGCUACCUCGGAUUCAGCGAAGACUUGAGCUUGCAAGGGCAACUAGCGACUUCGCUGCAGUGUGUCUGCUUAGAGGACCUCCGACUCAGCGGAGACCCGAGCAAGCAGAGCAAACUAGUAACCUGGGCCGAGUAUGUCUGGUUUGAAGACAUGGCGCACCGCCGCUACGGAGGCCAGACGAGACGGCACGAGUCGCAGUAUAUGGAAGCAUGGUGCGCCCUUGUCGACUCGGGAGUGCUUCAGUCUGACGAAGAGUGCGGUGACGCCAGGCAGCGGGUGCUACUAGCUCGCAAACUCUGCAAUCAGAGCAGCACCGACCUCGCCCUUCGAUUGUAUCAGAAGCGUUCAUCCGAGGAGACGGUCGACGAAUUCAGGCACGCAGCCGAGUGGAAUGCAAAGGAGACCAAGAACUAUUUUAAAGCCGAGGGGAAACUGAAGUCGAUGGAAAGCAGGGAGAGGAAACUCUCGGAGUUCAAGAAGCUGACUCUGGAGUAUCGCCUUGCCGAGGAUAAGGUUGAGCGCCACGCAGCGCUCCUGCGAUGGGCGGUUGAUCAGGUCCGUUUAGUGGAAGCGGAAGAGGGCUUGCCGACCACCACCACGACUUUACCUGAAAGGGCAAAUGAGGAGAACGCCCAAGAAGUGGCGUCCAAGCCCACCGAAGCUUUCUUUCCAUUCCGCCGCCCCCCAGCUGAGCUUCGACACCAGAUCUGGACGGAGAACCUCCCUCCCCGUCCGACAGCGCACUUCUUCGAAGUGCUGAACCACCCGAGAAAGUACCAUUUACGGGGAUACUGGUCGGAAGAAUUCCGCGUGAAGGCGACCGUGAGCCACGAUUCCGGUUAUCAUGCCGUCUACCCCCUCCUAGCGGCGUGCCCGGAAUCCCGUACUGUCAUCGCCGAGUACUACAGGAGGCUCCAGGACAGGGACUGUGUCGACUCGUCCGAAUGGCAGUAUCCUUACCCCAUCUUCCAGAGCUUUGACUGGAUCGCCCCCGACGAUCUCGUUAUCUUAUGCUUCCCGCCGAAAGAGGCACCGCUCGACUUCGAGCGAAACGCGAUCUCCUUCACCCGUGGUCCACCUCGUCAUGUCGGAGUCUACCUGCCGAUGGAGGAGCUGCUGCUACGACAUGUCGGGUUUCAACACGGUCUCCCUCCACACGACUUCCGCCCCGAGGCUCUGGUCCUGAUCGCUCAGUUUCUCGACUCUCUCCGCGGGCAGAGAAGCAACGAGAGCGGAACCGGCGCCGUGCUCGCCGAGAGUCCCCGUGCAACCCCAUCCUCGGACGGUGGUAUAAAGAAGAUCUACAUACUCUACGAAGGAUGGCACAACACUGCCCACUGGUCUAGCUUUGCUGCCAAGAGGGCCGACCGACUAAAUUGGAUUUCGUUCAGCCGGGCGCACCCUUGUUUCUAUUGGCGAUUCGGAUGCUCUAAGGCUAAGGCUUUGUAUAGGGAGAAGGGCGGUUCGAAUAUGGCAAUCCCCAUUGCGGUCCCCGGAGCUGCUGGUACCUCGGGUCUGGAAACGACGCAUUGGCUGGUCGAUAUCCUCACGAAACUGUUGAGUUAG